AUGGAUCGUAUCAAGGAGCGCAUGAACAACCUCCGCAUCGAGGCAGAUGAGGCCCACGAGAAGAAUGAGGAGCUGAACACCAAGAUCAAGACCCUGGAGCAAGAGAACCUGUCCAAGGAGCAGGAAAUCACAUCUCUCAACCACCGAAACGCCCUUCUCGAGGAGGAAGUUGAGAAGCUGGAGGGCUCCGUUAAGGAUGCCAAGGAUGCUGCCAACCAAAGCGUCCAGCACGAUACCCAGAACGAGGCUCUCCAGCGCCGGGUGCAGCUCCUCGAGGAGGAGGCUGAGGAGAGCGAGAAGACCCUGCGCGAGACCAACGAGAAGCUCCGUCAAACCGAUGUUAAGGCCGGCCACUUCGAGCGCAAGGUCCAAGCUCUUGAGACUGAGCGUGAUCAGUGGGAGUCCAAGUACGAGGAGAUGUCAAAGAAGUACAACGAGCUGCAGAAGGAGCUGCACGAGCUCGAGGUCUCCAUCAGCAACGUUUAA